GAGGAAGUGUACGACUUGAACGCCAGUGGCGUGUGAUCGGCAAAUAAAGACGCUUUAUAAGAAGAUACUAAGUGUUUUCGACGCUUCGACAGUAAUGCCGCCGCGAUAUUAAAGGCAGUAGUUGAUUAUGGCCCCGGCAUGGUCCUGACCCCGCUGCUGCUAGUGUGUCCGCUGGAGGAAGAGGAAGAAGGGGAUGAUGACAUGCGUUUAGAGAGCUGUCUGGCUGGCUGACGGACAAACCAGAAGAUCCCCGAUCACAAGGCCGACUAACAAAGAGACGAAGAUGCCGAGAAGGAAACAAUCAAAUCCCCAACCGGUGAAAUUGGAGUCAGAGGACGGGGUGGUGGUGUGCGAACCGGGCUGCUUAGUCUUGGAGAGUGACUUCCUGCUGAGUGGAGAACUGGAGUUCGGAGACUCUGAGAUCAUGGGUCUGGACAGAGACACUGGUAUGACAGUCUUCUCUCUGAGUGUGGAGGACGACCCCUCGGCACCAGCAGAGUCUACUUUCCCAGCGUUUCUUUCCUGUAAGGGAUGUGGCCAGCUUUUAGGAGACACCCCUUUAGGGGCGGGGCUAGAUUUAGGGGCGGGGCUUGACCUAGAGGCGGGGCUUUAUUGCCUGACGUGUGAGGAAGGCCUCCGGUCGAACGCUUGUCCAGGAGUGAACGAUGCAUUGCACGUAGAAGGGCCACACCUGGACGAUCGGGCCGUUAACAGCCGCUCACACAGGAAGCGGAAGAGCGGCAGUGGCAGCGAGAUGGGCGGGGCAGGCGAGUUGUCGCCGAAGUUGUACACGUGCUCACUGUGUACGUUUGUCUCGCGGUACUCCAACCAUCUGAAACGCCACAUGAGGACCCACGAUGGUCAGAAGCCCUACUGCUGUCCCGUGUGCCCGUACGCCUCGGCGCAGCGCGUCAACCUACAGCGCCACGCCCGCACUCACACGGGGGAGAAACCGUACCAAUGCCACCAGUGCAGCUAUGCUUGCAGUUCGCUCGGUAACCUACGGAGGCACCAGCGCAUGCACACCCAAGAGAGACCGCAGCGGAGGGAGAAGGAGAAGAGGCGAGGGAGGCGGAAAAAAACAGAUGGAGAAAUGGAGGAAGUGGUGUCAGACUUGACCCUGCGCGUGUCCCAGGACCUCCAGACACUAGGGGGCCUUGGCUCUCCGUCCGCCCCCCUUCCUGACCUCCUCUUCCCGCUGUGCUGCCAUGUCUGCGGCCUCACCCUGGAGGAGGGUGACCUGGAGGUAGAGAAGGCAGAGGAAGAUGGAGAAGGAGAUGGAGGACAGAUGUGCCAGCGAUGCUCCAUGGACCUACUCGCCAAAGAUCCAGCCAGACCACCGUGCAGCCCGGAGCAUUCCCCAGGAGCCAGGCGGGGUCGACGGGGAACCAAGCUGUACCGGUGCCCGCACUGCCCCUUCCUGUCCCACUACCCAAACCACCUGGCCCGCCACGCCCACACACACUCGGGGGAGAAGCCCCACCGCUGCCCCCACUGCCCGUACACCUCGGCGCACCUGGACAACCUCAAGCGGCACCUGCGCGUGCACACCGGCGAGAAGCCGUACAAGUGCCCGUCGUGCAGCUACGCCUGCGGGAACCUGGCCAACCUGCGGCGCCACGAGCGGAUCCACUCGGGGGCGAAGCCCUACCAUUGCGGCGUGUGCGGCUACUCCUGCAACCAGAGCAUGAACCUGAAGCGGCACAUGCUGCGGCACACGGGCGAGAAGCCGUACGCCUGCGCCGAGUGCAGCUACACCACGGGCCACUGGGACAACUACAAGCGGCACCAGAGGAAACACGGCCACAACACGGACAGCUGGGACAAGCACGCGCCGCUCAACGGCCACAGCUGGGGCAGAGACACUCAGGAGAGCCACAGUCAGGGACAGGGAGACGUCAAGGGGAACGCCAGACCCCACCGCCGUUUUGACACAGAUGUCUCCUUUCACUGUCGAGGUUAGAUUAAGCGGACACGGGAGGGAUCCAGGAGGCACGGACCCGCGGAUGAAAAUAUAUUUUAGGGGGUAGGGUUACCACGCCAGUCUGAAAUUGCACAAGAAGUCUAAAACUGUGGAAACAAUCCAGUCACACAAACACAAGGAUUGUGUUUGUGUGACUGGCCUUACGUUGGCAUUGGGCCCACUGUCAUUUUUACACACGUUUGUUGUUUGAAAAUGUUUGGUCAAGCUUUAUAAUUGAUGUGAAUUCAUGCAACAAGGUGGGGGUGUGGGUGGGGGCUUUGGGUCCAGGCAAAGAAUGCCCAGACUGAUGUAUGGAAAACCUCUCUUGCAGCCUCGGUCGGGUCGAGGAGGGUGAAUGAUAUUGGAUUGAGCGUUUUCACAAAAUGCCGAGACGACAUAUAUGACUUUAUAGGACAUGUUGAUGACGUUUGUGUGGUUUUUUUGUUUUUUUGUUUUUUUUUUAAUUAUACUGUCAGGUGGUGAGAAAGCCUGGGUUUGUCUUCGUUCUGCUGGUCUUUCUCCGAGUCGCCAUCACACACUGUCUUCCUGUGUAACCUCCUUCACAGUGCCUUCAUAGCUCUAAUAAAAGAAGUUUUAGACGGUGAAGUCGGCCUGGCGUGGUGUCGGGUUUGUCAGGCUGUUGGGGGCUCAACGUCGGGGCACCGAUGCUUCACACAUGGCGUCCACUUCCUCUUUUGUUUCUGACUUAGGAAACACCUGCCGACAGGGAGCCAAAGUGCGCAAUGCAUUUUCACGGUACAGCUCACUUCGACAGCGUCGAGUCUCAUUUAAGAAAAAAUUCGAAGUAUUCCCCCAGUUUCAUUUCCAAACACCCCCUGCAGUGCAGUCCCGUCACAGGGACUCUACACCCCAGCAUGUCAGUAGGCAGAACAGCAAAACAAUGUGGCAUCUUUUGUAAAAGCAAACCUGGAUAAUAACCUAUACAUGCAUGCAAUAACCUAUGCAUGUGUGCGAUAACCUAUACAUGCAUAUAAUAACCCAUGCAUGCAAUAGCCUAUACA